UCUUUCCUGGAGUCACAGUCAGUCAAAGACUGACUCUUCUCAUAACUUUCCCCACUUGAGCACGAGGCCGGCCUGCUGCCUCCACAUCAAACCCUCGACUCUCUCUAAGACACACCACCGUGCACGUGGGAUGUCCUCACUCAUCCGCAGGGAAACUGUAAGGUCUUAGAGACUCCGGGACACCAGCCAAGCUGAUGCCAUCUCAAUGGGAGGAACGCAAGAAAAUGGCAGGAAAUUCCUACUUGGUCUGCUCCCACAGCUGAAGAAAUUCUUUCAAAGUGUGCUGCUGGAAUGGUCAUUUAACAUACCAGAAACUCAGAGGCUCAUUGGAUAGUCUGUCCUGAUGCACAGAGAUGUCCAUGAGUUUCUCCAAGGCAAACUGAACAUGAGUAAGCCAGACUCAAUGGACAAGAAGGUGGUUCUGAUCACAGGCUGCUCCUCAGGGAUCGGCCUCAGUCUGGCAGUCCGGCUGGCCUCUGACCCCUAUCAGGAAUAUAAAGUCUAUGCAACAAUGAGAAACCUGUCGAAGAAGGAGCGCCUUUUAGAGUGUGUCAAAGGUCUGCACAGGAACACGCUGGACAUCCUCCAAAUGGACGUGACCGACCAGCAGUCCAUCUUGAGUGCGAGGGACAGGGUUGUGGAGAAACGAGUGGACAUCCUAGUGUGCAAUGCUGGGGUGGGACUGAUGGGCCCACUGGAGGUGCAAUCCUUGGACACAAUGAGGCAAAUUCUGGAUGUCAACCUCCUUGGUACCAUCCGGACUAUCCAGGCUUUUCUUCCAGGCAUGAAGGCUAAGGGUCGGGGCCGCAUCCUGGUCACUGGCAGCACUGGAGGUCUUCAUGGCCUGCCUUUUAAUGAGGUGUACUGUGCCAGUAAGUUUGCAAUAGAGGGAGCAUGUGAAAGUAUGGCAGUCCUCCUGCAACACUUCAACAUACACGUGAGUCUCAUCGAGUGUGGACCAGUCAACACAGAUUUCCUGGUGAACCUGCAAAAGGCGGAGCUUGGGGAUACGUCUCUCCAACAGGUUGAUGCCCACACGCUCAGCCUGUAUGAAAAGUACCUGCAGCACUGUGGUGCCGUUUUCCAAAAUGCAGCACAGGAUACAGAGGACAUUGUAAAGGUAUUUCUGGAUGCCAUCCAGUCACCCAGCCCUGCAUUCAGAUACUUCACCAGUGGUGACGUUCCACCUCUCACCAAAAUGAAGAUCACAGAACCGGAUGGUUCCACCUACAUCAGUGCAAUGAGCAAAAUCAUUUUCUCAGAUGAUUGAUAAAUCUUUACAUGCAUUUUUUCUUGCAAUGAAAACACUCCUUUCGCUGUCUUUUGCCUUAUUUGCAAAUGUUUGAAAUCAGUCUUAAGUGCUCUGAAUAAA